AUUUUUGAAUCAUGAGUAACAGUGAUUUAUGGUUGAGAGACACUGCAACGUUCUACGGAAAACUAAUCAUAACCCUCUUUAUAUCAAUGUUAAUAAUCGUUCGAAAUUGGACGAAAUUAUGCGAGAUCGUUUACAAAUCAUAUCUCGUUGGAUUUGAAUUGGAAUUCGCCGAGCUUGCAUUCCCUUACAAAAAGGAAUUAUUUAAAAUACUUGGAACUAUGAUAUCGAAUGACGAAUUAUUAAGAUCUAUGGGAUGCAUUAGAUUGCUUGAAAUAGGUGUUAAAACAGGAGAUAAUAUUCAAUUUUAUCCAGACAAUACUCACUUUAUCGGUGUUGAUUGGAACGUAAGGUUAGCCGAAUAUCUUAACGAUGAAAAUCACUCCUUGGAAUUCGGGCACAUUAAUGUCGAACGUCUUAUAAUUGGCGAUGGUAGCAAUUUAAAACAAAUAAAAACUGGUAGCGUCGACGUCGUCGUAUCGAUUAGAUCUUUGUGUUCGAUAAAAUCACCGUUGAACACGUUCGACGAAAUCAAAAGGAUACUCGCACCGAAUGGAAAAUAUAUUUUUAUGGAACACGUUCCCGAAACAAAAGGUUAUAUCGUACGUUGGUUGCAAAUAUUGUUGACGCGAUCUGGUUUAUGGCCCUCGUUGUUUGGAAACUGUCGUUUGAAUUUUGACUUUAUGGAAGAAAUCAAAGGCGCCGGUUUCAAACGUGUUAGAUCAAGAUCGAUUACGUUAAAUGGACCAGUUUCUCAGAUCUUCCAUUUGACAUUAACCGGUAGGCAUGUAUUAGGAGUAGCAAUAAGAUAAGAAACAAAGUCUGUAUUUUUA